CGACUCGCUCUCACUCCCCCUUGCUCACACACUCAGGCAGCAUCCUCCCCUCACCACUUCUACCUUCACACUCACCUCUUCGCGCCUCCCUCUCACUGCUCCUCUCGCCUCCUUCCUUCCCAUCACCUACUAACACAUAUCAUCUCUGGCAUCUCCUUCCCGUCUGUUGCCUCCCUCUCCUUCCACUCUUUCCUCCAUCUCUUUCAUUCCUCCCUCCAGUUGUCACACACUCAACCUUGCUGUCUCGCGCAAACUCACGCGUAUACACACUCAUGCUGAUUGGCACCCAAGGACAGAGCACUCUCUCUCCCAAACCGGCGACCAGGCGAUUUGCUCGUGUGGCCAGGCUUCUUGACACUGAGCUCAGCUGAGGAAGAGGACGAGGAAGAGGCCAUGGAGCACAGCCACAUCUUCCCUGUUUUUUCCCCAAAUGGGAGCACCUGGAGCCCGGGGGAACUUCCCUCUGAGGUUGCCCAGGGAUGCCCUCUCGGACCACUGCCUGUCAUCUACUACAGCGUCCUGCUCUGUCUCGGCCUGCCCGCUAACAUCCUGACAGUGGUCAUCCUGUCCCAGCUGGUGCUGCGUCGUCAGAAGUCCUCCUACAACUAUCUCCUGGCUCUGGCAGCCGCCGACAUCCUAGUGCUACUCCUCAUUGUUUUUGUCGACUUCAUACUGGAGGAUUUUAUUUUGGCCGCGCCGCUGCCUCCGUCUCUAAACAAUGCAGUGCAGGUUCUGGAGUUCUCCUCCAUCCACACCUCCAUCUGGAUCACCGUGCCUCUCACCAUCGACCGUUACAUCGCCGUUUGCCACCCGCUGCGCUACCAUACAGUCUCCUACCCGGCUCGCACACGAAGGGUCAUAUUUGCUGUGUAUAUAGGCUGCUUGCUCUCUGCAGCUCCUUAUUACUGGUGGCCUGAGCUGUGGCACAGCCUGUCUGGGGUGGGAAGUGGUGGUGGAGGAGGAGGAGGUGAGGGCAACAGGAGAACUGUGGCCCAGCAUGUCCUGGUGUGGGCCCACUGCGCCACCGUCUACCUCCUCCCCUGCACUGUAUUUUUCUCCCUCAAUGCCGUCAUCGUUCGGAAGCUGCGCAGACGCCGCAGCUGCUUCCGUCUACGCGGCUACUCUACCGGCAAAACCACCGCCAUUCUCCUCGCCAUCACCUCCAUCUUCGCCGUUUUGUGGGCACCACGUACCCUCAUGAUCCUCUACCACUUCUACUCCCCUCCUCCGGCCUCGCAAGGUGCAGGCCGACUGCUCCACAUGCUCACCGACCUGGCGAACAUGCUGGCGUUGCUCAACACCGGUGUCAACUUCUUCCUCUACUGCUUCAUCAGCAAGCGUUUCCGGGGCAUGGCGGCCAACGUGCUGCGAGCCCUGGUCCACUGCCGGAAGCAACCACCUCCGUUCUAUGCCAGCCACAACUUCUCCAUCACAAGCAGCCCUUGGAUCUCACCAGCCAACUCCCACUGCAUCAAGAUGUUGGUGUACCAGUAUGACAAAAAUGGAAAGCCCAUUUGUAUUUCCUCUUGAAUCAGCCACCAGCAGCUGCCCCCACCUUCUGUGGUUGGGGGGACAUAUUUGAGCUUUGUCUCCUUGGUGACCAGCUUUCCCAUACGGGACUCUUUGAGGCUUGAAAAUGUCAACAUGCCCAGGAGAGCACAGAGCUGACAGUUUCGCUAUCUUUGAGCGGUAACAAAGUAGUAGACUAGCAAGGUGGAAAAGCAAACAGCAGGUAUUCACGGUAUUCACAAAAGCAGCGACCAGCAUCAAAUAGAUGUUGAUUGUUUCCUCCAUGCAAAAAAAUAAUAAAACUACUGUAAGUGACUGCCGCUUCAGUGAGCGACACUCAGACUGAUAAAGGGAUAUCACCACCAUCUAUCACUGACUUUUAUGAACCACAGUUUGUAACGGCAGUAAAGUAUAAACUGACAAAUAGAUGAAUGCUUGGUGAGGCAUCAAACGCCUGGUGACACCGGGUUCUUUAUUGACGCUCUCUGUUGUACGCCGCUGCCAACGGCGAAGAGCUUUGAACAGCUGCGUCUUUGCCCGUUGGGAGUCAUUUCCAGGAAGCAGAGAUCCAGAGUCUAGGUACUAAACAUCUCACCUGAUUCACUCAGUCAGAGUCUCCACUGCCCGCAGUUCUGACUGUCUCUAAAGCAAUGUUUAAACAGCGCUGUCAUUUCCAGUUGAAUAUGCAGAGGACUUUCAAAGGCAUGUUAAUUUUGGGCUUUUACGAAAUGAACAGCCCGCCCCUGACUUUUCUUCACGUGUGCUGAGAUCAUCCUAGGUCACCUACAAGUCGGCGCUUGCUAUGGAAGUUAUCCCAGAUCCACAGAUUGUCGUAGGACGAGUAGACUCUCUGCUUGU